AUGUCUGUCUCCUCUCUGAAUGAUGACUGGGUCAAGUGCCGGUCGCCGAGGGAGUUGCAGAGCGACAUGCUGACAUGGACCACAUCAAUUUCACGAUCUCGCGUGUCUACCGUCGAUGGCCUUGGCUUCAGCGAAAACAUUGACGUUGAGUCCAUGAACAGCCUAGAAAAUCUACUCCACACAGUGCAGAAACUGAAGCUGAAACAUUUCCGAGCCGAAGACUUGGAGGAAAUCCGCGCUGUGGGAAAUGGAGAGACGUUCGCCGUGUCAGAAUGCAAGUACGAAGGUACUGUAGUCGCUAUCAAGCGUAUCCGGCUCAGCGAAGAAGGGAAAGGUCUCGAGCGUUCCCACUUUCGAAGACGAUUACAAUCUGUCCUGCGCGAGAUUUUGAUUAUGUGCCAUCCACCGCUCAUACACCAUCCCAAUAUUAUUGAUAUCCUAGGCUAUGGCUGGGGCGUCGAGAGACAACGCCCAUCGCCGUUUAUAUCGGUCGCAUUUGCGUCGAAGGGUACACUGAGGGAAUACAUGAAGGAGAAAGUACACCCGAUUCGAACGAAGUUGAUUCUCAUGGGCGACGUGGGUGCGGGCUUGAUGGCGCUCCACAAAUGUGGGAUUGUCCACGGAGAUUUGAAACUGGAUAACAUUGUGGUAUUCUCAUCAUUGGAUCGCCCGUGCAUGUCCAUUGCGAAGGUGUCCGACUUUGGACAUUCCAUUAUCGUAGGAUCUGCUUCUGGGAAAAAGAUGCAGUAUUUUGGGACGACAUUAUAUAAUGCACCGGAAGUUGCCGAGCAGAAGGACCAGCCCAUUCCAAUCGAGCAACUUCACAAAUGCGACAUCUGGGCAUUUGGCCUAUGUGCAUGGGAGAUAUUGGCAGAUGGACAGCUUUAUUUCCAGCGCAGCUGGCGCAGGAACCCCCUCUACGAACGUUCCACUUCCCUGUCCACAUCAUUGACAUCGCCGACCGGCUCAGAAGCUCAUGAUGAGUUUUCCAUUGACGAGGACGAUCAGCAUGUCUUUGGUUACUUUGACCUGUCUCAUCUCAAGGCUCUAGCGAUAGAGUUUGUGUACAACAUGAAAAUACCGGGCAUUGGCUUUGAGAAAGGAUUCUUACGUCCCUUGAUGGAUCGUACUCUCCAAAGGGAUCCAGCGCAAAGGAUCUCCGACCUAAGUCGUCUCCCGAUUAUUGUUUCAUGGCAUAAGACGCCCGGUGGACACUCGCUUCAGUCAAAGCUUGCAACAUAUGCCAUGUCGGGAGAUGUUAGAUAUUCAAUCUUCAGUAGGGAAAGCGGACCAUAUAUCAUUUGGGAGCAGCAGCAGCAACUCUUGCAGGACUUCGAAAUUGUGGCUCAAGGGUCGAACUCAGUUAAGGACGACGGUUCCAUCGCAUUUCAAACCAUGCUUUGCUAUAUCAACGCUUUUGGAACAUCCCAGGAUCUGGAUAAGGCCACUGUGUUUCUUCGAAUAGCCGAGGAUACCGGUCAUUUAGUCGCUCGCAUACUGGGGCCUCGCAUACUUAACGGCUUCAAUAGGGACUCUACCGAGGUACAGCCAUAUAGUGAAUGCCUUGCCUGGGGGCUUCACAUUACCCAGAAACCUGAAUUGAUCACCUCUUUGGUUGUGCAUGACGGAGAGUCGGUUACCAAAUUCACCAAUUAUUCUGGAUUUCGCGAAGCCUUCUCGGAGGAAAGACUCGAAUCAUCGAAGAAUGACAAAGAUGGGGCUCUUGGUGCUUUUGUCACUUUAAAUGAGUCCACUCUACAGCACAGCUUGCUGGAUAUUGCCCUCCAGCAAGGUGAUGUUGAGUUUGUGGAGAGAUUGUUGCCGCUUGUAGACCUGUCGAUUGAAGCCUCCAAACUGGACCCUUAUCUUGUGUCGGCAGCUUCCCGAGGCCACGACAGCAUAGUUAUCUCCAUUUUGAAAGCUGGUGCUAAAAUUUCUUUGAUGAAUACAGCUUCAUCGCUUCUUCAUUGGCUUUUCUGUCUGAGUGAGACCACUCUCCGUGCAAUUCAGUCGUUCUUGAAAAACCAGUCUCGCAACGUGAAUUUCAAAUCGGCUUUGAAUCAUGCGACUACUGAAAGCAUCAGUCUCCAUCCUCAAUGGCCAUUUCAGGUUCAUGGAACACCUCUUGCUGUCGCAAUUGCGUCUGGGAGCAUGCCUGUGGUUAUGUUUCUCCUUGAUCUGGGUGCAGAUCCCCUAGCUCCUGCCUUUGAAAUCGACGACGACAAUAUAGGCCGCAGUCUUACGGCAAUUCAUCUUGCGGUCAAGUAUCAUCGCCCCGAUAUUAUUCAGCUGCUUUGGAAAGCAGCAUUCGGGGAGACAAAACCUGCGACGGGCACUCAUGGACUUCUCGCCACUGCCUUAGGAUCAUUUCCAAUUGCCUGCUCUCUGAGCCUGUUGACAAAUGCUGAGCGACUUGCUAUUCAUGGUUGCAUGUACAAGCAGAGGCUGCGCGAGACAAUCAAACUUCUAUCGUUGGACUUUCUCCUCCAGAACUCUCCUGAAGGCAGGAAUUCGAUCACGCAGGCCAUUGAUCUCGAAGAUGUUGACACCGUUGAGCUACUACUCGAGCAAAGUCCUUCCCUGGCAAGCAGAAGGCUAUUCCAGCCUGAUAACAACACCAUGUUUACGUAUCCGUUUCAUUUCGCCGUGCAGAUUGCCUCCUGCCGCGAUACCAGAGAGUCUGAGCAGAUUGUGGAGUCUAUUCUCAAGCUCGAUCCAGCAGCUAUCAAUCGACCUGAUAGUGCGGCAAUCAAGCCACUGCACAUUGCGGCGAUGGGAACCUCAAACCGAAUGACCAAGUUUCUUCUGGACCGUCAUGCCUCUUGCCAUGAAUUAGAUGGAAGAGGGCGCACUCCUCUUCACUUUUGCCGGGCUUUGGUUAACGCCAAGACCUUGAUGCUUGGAGGCGUGAACAUCAACCACAGGGAUGACUUUUUGUUUUCUCCCGUACACGCCGCAGCAUCUCAGGGGGCAGAUGAAGUUUUGAAGGCGUUGAUCGACGCCGGAGCUGACUUGAGUCUGGCGAACAACGAAAUCGGAACGCCGCUCCAUUGUGCUGUUCAACGGAAGUCGCGCGCAACCAUAGAACUUCUCUUGGGGGCUGGAGUUGAUGUAAAGGCGAGAAACCGUCGUGGUCGGACUCCACUUCAUCUAGCAAUGGACAUUGGGCGCUCUGAUUUGGUCUCGUUGUUGUUCCAGGCAGGUGCGGACCCUUUCGUCGAGGACAAACAAGGCUAUUCUCCAUUCAGCAUGUCCCUUGUUUGGGAGAAUCCCAGUAUCUUCAACAUGUUCAAGCUCCCGAACCACUUUGUCGUCGAAAGACUGCAUAUCAAUGCAUUGAUAUUUGCUGCUGCCAAGGGGGAAACCGCGGUCUUUCGGCAAUACUUGGACAGAUUACCCGACCCAAGCCGCAAUCUUGAUUGCGUAACAUUGCCGAAGCUUUAUAUCACUGCCAUCAAUGUGGCCGCAGGAGCCUGCAGAGUGGACCUGGUGGAAAUGUUGCUCGGACAUGGCUUCAGCGUUGACACUCUCGAUGAGAAAAAGAACACUCCUCUUCUACGAGCUUGUCAGGCAGGACGUACUGAAGUCGAAUUCUUUUCAUACAACCGGACACACAUGUGUGAGACACUUAUCCAGCACGGAGCGGAUACUUUGGCCCGGAACGAUCGGGGACUGACACCGUUCCUCGUUGCUCAAACUCAUGCCGACUAUCCUCUGAUGACUCUGCUCUUAUCGCAACACCAAGGUGAUCUAUCAACCAGAAUUUCACGCGUACUGAAAUCAAUCAAGGAACCUGAGAUAGAUGAUGAGUAUCGAAGGUCAUCAAGAGCGCUCAUUGGUGGCGAAAUCAUCGAACCCCAGUUACUCAGGGAUGCAGCCCAGAAAGACGAAUGGGAAUUCGUCAUGACCUGUGUCGCCGGUCAUUUUGUCAAUAAAGAAGAUUUGAAAAGUAUUUUUCCGACAAAGAAAUUCGUAAAGCCUAGUGUUGAUACUCUGGAUAUGCUGCGCUAUCACUCGGUCAAAAUGGACCGGGAGAUGGUUCAGUAUCUCGCAUCAGGUGCCGAGGAGAGCUCCCCUGAAUCCCGACGCAGUGCUCGCAAUGUUGGUCGUCGCAAUGUGGAAAUUGAAUUUGGCGAAUCAAGUCUGAACGAGCUCCUUUGGCCGGAAGAGACGAAAAAGGUGAUAGACGAAUCAUUGGAGAAAUCACAGAGUGAUUACCUUCAUGCUCUUCAUGCGUUGGAGGAUCUUCAACAGCAAGAGGAACGCUUCUGUACCAAGCUACAGGAAUAUUUCAGCCAAAUCAUCCACAAGGCACAGGAGCCCACCAAACAAGGCGAAGACAUGACAUGGUUCAGAGUAUUUGAACAGGAUCUUACCUUUGAAGCCCAAGAUACAUUCGUACAUCGGCUACGAACAAUUAUAAAGCAUACGAAGGCAAUGGAAGAACUUGCACCAACACCUGACCGAGCAAAACCUUGGACGGAGCUCCAUGAUCGGGCACAGAGACUUGAAAUGUGGAAGGGAAUGGUUGAUGCGACACUACACCAGGCCAAGGACAUCACAAAGUGUUUCUAUAAACUCUCCGACCCUGAAGCUGAUGGAAUAGGCGAUGAUGAGAGCGAUGCGGCCCAUCUUGACACAUAUGAUUCUAAUCGGAUAGCUUUGCGGCUUGACCCCGAGUCCUACAUUGAAAGCUCUACCAAUGCGUUGAUGGAGAUGAACCAGAACAUGCUUCUAUUUGAGACAUACCGGCCCGCGCUUUCAUAA